ACGAUCGCUAAUCACCCAAAUCAUCAUCAUCAUAAUGAUGUUGAUUGUCAACAAAUAACGCAAUCGACACCAUCAUCAUCAACGAAUAAGCGACAACGAAAUUCGCAAUCAGAAUCAUUAUUGAGCGGUGGUAAACAUGCAAAAAAUCACAACAUAUCAUCAUCAUUUCCAGUACCACCACCAUUGCCACUUCAACCGCAACCGCCGCAAUCAACAACAACAUCAUCAUAUCAGAAAAAAUUACAAUUACCACAAUCAAGAUGGGAAACAUUUCAACGUAUACGGCAAAAUCGUCACACAAGACUUGCGGCAUUUAUGCGUUUAACCAGACGUAAAUAUGAAGCUUGUUAUGAAAUGCAAUUACAGCAACAACAACAGCAGCAGCAAUCAUCAUAUCAUCAUCAACCGAAUCAUAUUGCAAUUCAACAAUCGCAUCUUACACCUACUGCGUCUAUUCAUCCGCAGCGUUCACCGAAUAUUGUUCCAUCAUCAUUGACGCAAUCAGCUAGUCAUCAUUCAAUUCCGCAACAUUAUUCUGCAACUGGCGGUGGAUUUAUUGGUUCAGAAGCAUUAGCAUUUGCGGCAAAAUCAUUAGAAUCAUCUGCCGCAGCUGCCAAAUCAUCAAUGAAUCCUGAUUCAUUACCACCACCAUCAUCAUCAUCAUCGACGAUAAUUUCACAUCCGCAUCAUCAUCAUCCACAUCAAACAUCGAAUCGCAAUUUAUUAAAUUCACCCGAACAACCUGGAUCAUUAACACGUUCAUCACCGGCUAUGGCAGCGGCAAACGGUGGAUCCUCAUCAUCAACGGGAAAUUUAUCAACAGCAGCUGCUGCUGCUGCAGCCGCAUAUCAAGCUCAUUCAUUAUUUGCUCAUUCAAAUCAUCCAUCAGCCGCAGCAGCAGCCGCUGCUGCAUCAUCAUUUUUACAUCAUCCAUUUUAUCCUUAUCCACAUCCACAUCAUUCAAUAGCAGCUGCAUUUCAAUCUGCUGCUGUUGCUGCAGGUGCAUAUCCAGUUGGUUCAGGAACAGCUUCGGCAUUUCCAAAUGUUGAUUCAUUUUUUCAACAAACAACAAAUUCUUCGACAACAACAACAACAACAUCGAUGAUGAAUAAUUCACCUGGAUCAAUAUCAUCAGUAGCAUCAUCAUCAUCAGGUUUGCAUCAAUCAGCAAACAACCAAAACCAAAACCAAAAUAAUAGACAACCAAAAAUUUGGCGUUCAAUCGAUACAUUGGAUAAAUUGGAAAUGAAUAAUGAUACUUCAUCAGCGGUAAUCGAUCAACAACAACGAUCAACAUUGAUUAUUCCAGCAAAUAAAAACGACAACAACAAUAAUGAUGAUGGAAAUAUUACGGAAGAAAUGGAAAACCAUCGUCGAUCAAAAUCCAAUGAUGAUAAUAAUGAAGACGAAUCUGAACAACAACAACAACUGGCCACCAAUGAUGGCCAUAAUCAUCAUCAUAAUUCACCAACAAGUUCGAUCCAUUCAGGUAAUAAUGAUAAUCAAAGUGUUGAUGGUGAAGAAGAUCACCAUCAAUCCAAACCACAAUCCAACAAUAGUAAUGAUAAUAAUGAUGAUGUAUUAAAUUUGAUGAAAAAAACAACCGCAAAAAAAUUACAAAAAUCACUUAGUGAUAAUGAUAAUGAUGAUGAUGAUAGUGAAAAUUAUUAUAAUUUAGUUUGUAAAACCUUCGAUUUAUUAAAUUACAAAUAA